UGCAGAUUUGCUGCUCUGCGUAAAGGCAGCACAAAGCCCCACCAGUGUGUCUGCUCUCGGUUGAGGAAAUAACACGGUUGAACUGGGUCGUGUGUUUUUUUGUAAUUUUUUAUUUUUUAUAUCUCAUUUCUCCGCGUUACAUCUGCCGUGACAGCGGGAAGAAUCGCUCUCGACGUGGACGUGGUCAGUUGGCGUGUCCCGACUUGGAGUGACGGCUGAGCAGUCCUAUGAUUCCUCCGAAACAUUUUUUCGCACUGGCCCAUUUUCUGACAAACUAUAUCGCUAACUUUGGGUAUAUCGUGACCUAUUUACACCUCCGUUGGAAGUUGGAAGACAGCCGGGGUCCAAAAUGUCUGUAGCGGGCCUGAAGAAGCAGUUUUAUAAAGCCAGUCAGAUGGUAAGUGAGAAAGUUGGAGGUGCAGAAGGAACGAAACUCGAUGAUGACUUCAGAGACUUGGAACGGAAAGUAGAUGUGACCAGUAAAGCAGUAGUGGAGGUCAUCUCCAAAACAUCAGAGUACCUGCAGCCCAACCCAGCAUCACGGGCCAAGCUGUCAAUGCUGAACACCAUGUCAAAGAUCCGUGGUCAGGUAAAGAACCCCGGCUAUCCACAGGCUGAGGGGCUGCUAGGAGAGUGCAUGUCCAAGUAUGGGCGGGACCUCGGAGAGGACACUAACUUUGGUGGAGCUCUAGUAGACGUAGGAGAGGCCAUGAAGAGACUGGCAGAAGUCAAAGACUCUCUAGACAUUGAUGUCAAACAGAACUUUAUUGAUCCGUUGCAAGGACUCUGUGACAAGGACCUCCGAGAGAUACAGCACCAUCUGAAGAAGCUGGAAGGCCGUCGCCUGGACUACGACUACAAGAAAAAGCGUCAGGGCAAAAUCCCGGAUGAGGAGGUUCGACAGGCCCUGGAGAAGUUUCACGAGUCAAAGGAAGUGGCCGAGACCAGCAUGUACAACCUGCUGGAGACUGACAUAGAGCAGGUGAGCCAGCUCUCAUCCCUGGUGGAGUCCCAGCUGCAGUAUCACAGACAAGCUGUUCAGGUGCUGGAGGAGCUUUCCGACAAACUCCGAGACAGAAUGAAUGAGGCUCAGUCUCGACCAAGGCGUGAAUACACACCCAAACCCAAACCUAUUUUCGACAUGGGAGACAACAACCAUUCGAAUGGCUGUUAUCAAACAUCAAUGGCCCCUCCACCUUCACGCAACUCAGAGCCGCCUUUUCACUCGGCCAGAUUGUCCUUUCGGAAACCAGGACUGUCCCCGGAGCAGCCGAGCUGUAAGGCGCUAUACGACUUUGAGCCAGAGAACGAGGGAGAGCUGGGCUUCCGAGAGGGCGACAUCAUCACCCUGACCAAUCAGAUCGACGAGAACUGGUACGAGGGCAUGCUAAACGGCCAGUCGGGAUUCUUCCCUCUCAACUACGUUGAGGUCCUCGUUCCGUUGCCACACUAAUACAAAGAGGAAAAGCGAAGAGGAGACUGAUGGAGAGCAGCAGGGGAGAGGAAGUAGAAUGAAUAGAGAGGGAGGAAAGUGAAGACAGGGGGAUGGUCCACAGAGGUUUCAUUUUCACCUUCAGCUCCAACAUCAUCAUCAUCAUUGCAGAUGAGCACUUUGUUUUUUUUCAGCUGGAGUUCUGGAGAAGAUGGUCACCUUUCAAAGUCCAGACCACAAUACCAACCUGUUAUACUCAAGGUAGACGGGUCUGGACUGAGAUGGAGACUAAAUGUCAUUAUCUGUUGUCUGACAGUAAACAUAAAACACAAACAUUUCUUGAGGACUAACUGAUGAAACAUUUCUAAGCAAUAUUUUUUUAACCACAAAUUAAUGAAAUAGAAAAAGAGAACAUGUGUCUAAUUCAGUAAUUACAGUGACUGAAGCGGCACAUUCAUGUCAUGCCUUUAGUGUGACUGCAGUCUGUUUAAAACUCAGGUUGCUCACCAACGUGUAUCAGUCAGUUUUUCGACUGGAGUUUCAUCCCAGUAGACGCUUUGUGGAAGUUGGCUGAAUAUUGUCUUCAUGUCAGAACUGAAAAUGUUGUUGGUGCCUCAUAAAGGGCUGGAUCGUGUCUCCUAGUGCCACCUGCUGGCACGAAUGAGAAUUACUUUCACCUAAACUAAAAUGGAACUGCAGAUGACUCGAAACAGCUGUUUUACAGGAAGAAAAAAAUGUACAUUUUUAAUGAGAAACAUGAGCCAAAAUUAGCCUCAGAUUUGUGAUUUCCAGGUCCGGCCUAUUUCCAAUGCUCUCUUUUUAAUCAAUGUUGAACUGUCCGAGGACGGUGGCGUCAGUAGACAACAGGCCUGACGUCGUGGCUUCCCUUUGUUGUUUCAGUAUUUGAUUUACGUCGGCCUCAACUUACUACAGUCAGACUGGUUUCUUAACAUGUGAGAAAAUGUUGUUAUUGCACCUUGGUCCUCAAAUGAGAUUGAUGUGUGUGUGUGACAGACGUACUCCACCAUGACACACAGACCCAAAGUUAAAUGCAGAGGUUGCACCUUUUUGUCACUUAAAGCAGGCGUGUGUUUGUUGCCUAGAAACGCAGACAGAUGUGUUGUUCAAUGGAUGCCUGCUAGUCUGUUCAAUAGAGGAGACAGAGCCAAAAAGACUUUAUAAAAUGCAAUAGAAACAUAUCGCUUAGUGCGCCUGUUUGUUAAACUGCUAAUGACUCUGUAACAGCCAUAUAUUCUUUUAGAUUCAGGACCGUUUAUCAUAGCAUGUUCAGUCUUUUUCCCGUUUUUUUUUCAGCCUCUUGACCCCCCGUUUUAGGCACCGGUUACUUCCACGCUGUGCCUGAAUAGACUACGCUGCUGGCAGCAACUCAGUCUUUUAUGUUCUUCACUAACUGUCCUGCUGUUACCGUCUGCCCUCAUGUGUGAGAUAAUGUGAAACUCAUCUGUGCUUGGGAACUUAUCCUAUAAUUGUGAUCAUACACAAUGGCUCUGACUUGAUUGAUACGUUCGUGCAUCGGGCUGACGAAGGCAGAUGUUUAAUCUGUUUAGACAAGGCUGGCUUCUUGUUCCGGAUUUAGCCGCGGUCCACACCUGCAGGUGGAGGUCUAAUCCAGCGUACGCUGUACAGUAUGAGGGAAAGACCUUGAAUUAAAAGGGAAAACAUCAAGGGAAAUGUAAUUGUAAGCUGUUGUCCAUUCGGAUUAGAACCUUUGUUGCCAAACAUGCACCUGUUAGUCCAGCGGAUUUGGAAUUUUCAGGGGUAAAAAGUUAUAAUAGGGAAAGUCAGCGGUGUCUUUCUGCUUCGUUUCCCCUCUUUCAUACGUGUUUGUCCGUCACGCCGCGCUGCCAAACACUUCCCCCACUCCUGAGCUCGGUCCUCGAUUAAUAUGUUUACAUCUCUGACCUUUACUACAUUUCAAUUCUUGUAUGAAGUUCAGGGCUGAGGGCGAUAGGAGGUGCUGUCUGGAUCACACUGUUAUUAAAAAAAAAAGUCCUUACUAGCUUUCUUUGUUGCCUUUGUGGGGGGAAAGGAGGGGAAGUAUCCCAACUAAUACAGCAACCAAAAUCUAACCUAGCCACUUAAAAAAUGGUCAAGAAUUUCUUUUCUUUUUUUCACUUUUAGUUUCCUUUCUAGCCAUUGGCACUUUUCUGUGUUAAGAUGAAAUGCAUGUGUGCGUCUUCCUGCACAUUGAUGAUGACACUACAGGCGGUUUCCUGGAUAUGUCGUGUUCAGACUAAUGUGACGUUUGUCAGCAGACCACCAGAGGAAACUGUGUUUUUUUUUUUUGUUGUAGUUUUUAAUGUAAAAAAAAAAAAGAUGUCCCACUGAUUUCUUUUCUUAAAGGGCUAUGUAUGUGUUUAAUCAGUCUUAAAUGCUCUUCUGAACAGCAUUAAAUCAUUCUGGCUCUCUCUAUAGUAUUAUUUUUUAUAUACAAGACCUUAAAACUUUUAAAUUAAUCCUUGCAUGUAGUCCUGUAUUACAUCAUGUACGUGUAUAUCUUAGGUUUAAGUUGCCUUUUUACUGUUGGUAUGAAUUUAACCGCAAUAUUUUGUCUUUUAUUAUCACAGUAUUUGUACGUGCUUCUUUCUUGUCCCCCACCUUCCCCAUUCUUACAAUAAAUAAAAAUGGAAAAAAAA